AUGGUUCCACAGGUGAACCAGCUGGAUGGUUCCACAGCUGCUGCUGGAGGUUUGGUACCUGAUCUGGGCACUGUUUCUCUUGCUGCUGCAGCUGCUGGGGGCUUGGUACCUGAUCUGGGCACUGUUUCUCUUGCUGCUGCAGCUGCUGGGGGCUUGGUACCUGAUCUGGGCACUGUUUCUCUUGCUGCUACAGCUGCUGGGGGCUUGGUACCUGAUCUGGGCACUGUUUCUCUUGCUGCUGCAGCUGCUGGGGGCUUGGUACCUGAUCUGGGCACUGUUUCUCUUGCUGCUGCAGCUGCUGGGGGCUUGGUACCUGAUCUGGGCACUGUUUCUCUUGCUGCUGCUGCUGCUGGAGGUUUGGUACCUGACCUGGGCACUGUUUCUCUUGCUGCUGCAGCUGCUGGGGGCUUGGUACCUGAUCUGGGCACUGUUUCUCUUGCUGCUACAGCUGCUGGGGGCUUGGUACCUGAUCUGGGCACUGUUUCUCUUGCUGCUGCAGCUGCUGCUGCUGCUGGAGGCCUGGUACCUGACCUGGGCACUGUUUCUCUUGCUGCUGCAGCUGCUGGAGGUCUGGUACCUGCCCUGGGCACUGUUUCUCUUGCUGCUGCAGCUGCUGCUGGGGGCUUGGUACCUGACCUGGGCACUGUUUCUCUUGCUGCAGCAGCUGCUGGAGGUCUGGUACCUGCCCUGGGCACUGUUUCUCUUGCAGCUGCUGCUGCUGCUGGAGGCCUGGUACCUGACCUGGGCACUGUUUCUCUUGCUGCUGCAGCUGCUGGAGGUCUGGUACCUGCCCUGGGCACUGUUUCUCUUGCUGCUGCUGCUGCUGCUGCUGGGGGCUUGGUACCUGACCUGGGCACUGUUUCUCUUGCUGCAGCAGCUGCUGGAGGUCUGGUACCUGCCCUGAUCACUGUUUCUCUUGCUGCUGCAGCUGCUGGAGGUCUGGUACCUGACCUGGGCACUGUUUCUCUUGCUGCUGCAGCUGCUGCUGCUGCUGGAGGUCUGGUACCUGACCUGGGCACUGUUUCUCUUGCUGCUGCAGCAGCUGCUGGAGGUCUGGUACCUGACCUGGGCACUGUUUCUCUUGCUGCUGCAGCAGCUGCUGGAGGCCUGGUACCUGACCUGGGCACUGUUUCUCUUGCUGCUGCAGCUGCUGGAGGUCUGGUACCUGCCCUGGGCACUGUUUCUCUUGCUGCUGCAGCUGCUGGGGGCUUGGUACCUGAACUGGGCACUGUUUCUCUUGCUGCUGCUGCUGCUGGAGGUUUGGUACCUGACCUGGGCACUGUUUCUCUUGCUGCUGCAGCUGCUGGGGGCUUGGUACCUGACCUGGGCACUGUUUCUCUUGCUGCUGCAGCUGCUGCUGCUGCUGGAGGCCUGGUACCUGACCUGGGCACUGUUUCUCUUGCUGCUGCAGCUGCUGGAGGUCUGGUACCUGACCUGGGCACUGUUUCUCUUGCUGCUGCAGCUGCUGGAGCUGCUGCUGGAGGUUUGGUACCUGACCUGGGAACUGUUUCUCUUGCUGCUACAGCUGCUGGGGGCUUGGUACCUGAUCUGGGCACUGUUUCUCUUGCUGCUGCAGCUGCUGGGGGCUUGGUACCUGAUCUGGGCACUGUUUCUCUUGCUGCUACAGCUGCUGGGGGCUUGGUACCUGAUCUGGGCACUGUUUCUCUUGCUGCUGCAGCUGCUGGGGGCUUGGUACCUGAUCUGGGCACUGUUUCUCUUGCUGCUACAGCUGCUGGGGGCUUGGUACCUGAUCUGGGCACUGUUUCUCUUGCUGCUGCUGCUGCUGGAGGUUUGGUACCUGAUCUGGGCACUGUUUCUCUUGCUGCUGCAGCUGCUGGGGGCUUGGUACCUGAUCUGGGCACUGUUUCUCUUGCUGCUACAGCUGCUGGGGGCUUGGUACCUGAUCUGGGCACUGUUUCUCUUGCUGCUGCAGCUGCUGCUGCUGCUGGAGGCCUGGUACCUGACCUGGGCACUGUUUCUCUUGCUGCUGCAGCUGCUGGAGGUCUGGUACCUGCCCUGGGCACUGUUUCUCUUGCUGCUGCAGCUGCUGCUGGGGGCUUGGUACCUGACCUGGGCACUGUUUCUCUUGCUGCAGCAGCUGCUGGAGGUCUGGUACCUGCCCUGGGCACUGUUUCUCUUGCAGCUGCUGCUGCUGCUGGAGGCCUGGUACCUGACCUGGGCACUGUUUCUCUUGCUGCUGCAGCUGCUGGAGGUCUGGUACCUGCCCUGGGCACUGUUUCUCUUGCUGCUGCUGCUGCUGCUGCUGGGGGCUUGGUACCUGACCUGGGCACUGUUUCUCUUGCUGCAGCAGCUGCUGGAGGUCUGGUACCUGCCCUGAUCACUGUUUCUCUUGCUGCUGCAGCUGCUGGAGGUCUGGUACCUGACCUGGGCACUGUUUCUCUUGCUGCUGCAGCUGCUGCUGCUGCUGGAGGUCUGGUACCUGACCUGGGCACUGUUUCUCUUGCUGCUGCAGCAGCUGCUGGAGGUCUGGUACCUGACCUGGGCACUGUUUCUCUUGCUGCUGCAGCAGCUGCUGGAGGCCUGGUACCUGACCUGGGCACUGUUUCUCUUGCUGCUGCAGCUGCUGGAGGUCUGGUACCUGCCCUGGGCACUGUUUCUCUUGCUGCUGCAGCUGCUGGGGGCUUGGUACCUGAUCUGGGCACUGUUUCUCUUGCUGCUGCUGCUGCUGGAGGUUUGGUACCUGACCUGGGCACUGUUUCUCUUGCUGCUGCAGCUGCUGGGGGCUUGGUACCUGACCUGGGCACUGUUUCUCUUGCUGCUGCAGCUGCUGCUGCUGCUGGAGGCCUGGUACCUGACCUGGGCACUGUUUCUCUUGCUGCUGCAGCUGCUGGAGGUCUGGUACCUGACCUGGGCACUGUUUCUCUUGCUGCUGCAGCUGCUGGAGGUCUGGUACCUGACCUGGGCACUGUUUCUCUUGCUGCUGCAGCAGCUGCUGGAGGCCUGGUACCUGACCUGGGCACUGUUUCUCUUGCUGCUGCAGCUGCUGGAGGUCUGGUACCUGACCUGGGCACUGUUUCUCUUGCUGCUGCAGCAGCUGCUGGAGGUCUGGUACAUGACCUGGGCACUGUUUCUCUUGCUGCUGCUGCAGCUGCUGGAGGUCUGGUACCUGCCCUGGGCACUAUUUCUCUUGCUGCUGCAGCAGCUGCUGGAGGUCUGGUACCUGACCUGGGCACUGUUUCUCUUGCUGCUGCAGCAGCUGCUGGAGGCCUGGUACCUGACCUGGGCACUGUUUCUCUUGCUGCUGCAGCAGCUGCUGGAGGCCUGGUACCUGACCUGGGCACUAUUUCUCUUGCUGCUGCAGCUGCUGCUGGAGGUUUGGUACCUGACCUGGGCACUGUUUCUCUUGCUGCUGCAGCAGCUGCUGGAGGCCUGGUACCUGACCUGGGCACUGUUUCUCUUGCUGCUGCAGCUGCUGGAGGUCUGGUACCUGCCCUGGGCACUGUUUCUCUUGCUGCUGCUGCAGCAGCUGCUGCUGGAGGUCUGGUACCUGACCUGGGCACUGUUUCUCUUGCUGCUGCUGCAGCAGCUGCUGCUGGAGGUCUGGUACCUGACCUGGGCACUGUUUCUCUUGCUGCUGCAGCAGCUGCUGGAGGCCUGGUACCUGACCUGGGCACUGUUUCUCUUGCUGCUGCAGCUGCUGGAGGUCUGGUACCUGACCUGGGCACUGUUUCUCUUGCUGCUGCAGCUGCUGGAGGUCUGGUACCUGACCUGGGCACUGUUUCUCUUGCUGCUGCAGCAGCUGCUGGAGGCCUGGUACCUGACCUGGGCACUGUUUCUCUUGCUGCUGCAGCUGCUGGAGGUCUGGUACCUGACCUGGGCACUGUUUCUCUUGCUGCUGCAGCAGCUGCUGGAGGUCUGGUACCUGACCUGGGCACUGUUUCUCUUGCUGCUGCUGCAGCUGCUGGAGGUCUGGUACCUGCCCUGGGCACUAUUUCUCUUGCUGCUGCAGCAGCUGCUGGAGGUCUGGUACCUGACCUGGGCACUGUUUCUCUUGCUGCUGCAGCAGCUGCUGGAGGCCUGGUACCUGACCUGGGCACUGUUUCUCUUGCUGCUGCAGCAGCUGCUGGAGGCCUGGUACCUGACCUGGGCACUAUUUCUCUUGCUGCUGCAGCUGCUGCUGGAGGUUUGGUACCUGACCUGGGCACUGUUUCUCUUGCUGCUGCAGCAGCUGCUGGAGGCCUGGUACCUGACCUGGGCACUGUUUCUCUUGCUGCUGCUGCAGCAGCUGCUGCUGGAGGUCUGGUACCUGACCUGGGCACUGUUUCUCUUGCUGCUGCUGCAGCAGCUGCUGCUGGAGGUCUGGUACCUGACCUGGGCACUGUUUCUCUUGCUGUUGCAGCAGCUGCUGGAGGCCUGGUACCUGACCUGGGCACUGUUUCUCUUGCUGCUGCAGCUGCUGGAGGUCUGGUACCUGACCUGGGCACUGUUUCUCUUGCUGCUGCUGCAGCAGCUGCUGCUGGAGGUCUGGUACCUGACCUGGGCACUGUUUCUCUUGCUGCUGCUGCAGCAGCUGCUGCUGGAGGUCUGGUACCUGACCUGGGCACUGUUUCUCUUGCUGCUGCAGCUGCUGGAGGUGUUCUCUUACUAAGAAUCUCUCCUCACUAUUUCCGCGACUGGACCAAUAGGUUUUCCUUCGCCAACUCUGACGUAAUCUUUUGCAGCUUCCAAGUGAUAUAUCAAAGAUGCAUUCUUGAAAUUUACUUCCUGUCGGUGGACUUGUCGGUGGACUUGUCGGUGGACCUGUCGGUGGACCUGUCGGUGGACCUGUCGGUUGAAGAGUCAUGUCUGCCUCACAGGAAGAGAGAGACAUCUGCCUCACAGGAAGAGUCUGCUGCAUCACAGGAAGAGUCUGCUUCACAAGAAGAUUCUGCAUCACAGGAAGAGUCUGCAUCACAGGAAGAGUCUGCUUCACAGGAAGAGUCUGCUUCACAGGAAGAGUCUGCUUCACAGGAAGAGUCUGCUUCACAGGAAGAGUCUGCUUCACAGGAAGAGUCUGCUUCACAGGAAGAGUCUGCUUCACAGGAAGAGUCUGCUUCACAGGAAGAGUCUGCUUCACAGGAAGAGUCUGCUUCACAGGAAGAGUCUGCUUCACAGGAAGAGUCUGCUUCACAGGAAGAGUCUGCUUCACAGGAAGAGUCUGCUUCACAGGAAGAGUCUGCCUCACAGGAAGAGUCUGCUUCACAGGAAGAGUCUGCUUCACAGGAAGAGUCUGCCUCACAGGAAGAGUCUGCCUCACAGGAAGAGUCUGCUUCACAGGAAGAGUCUGCUUCACAGGAAGAGUCUGCCUCACAGGAAGAGUCUGCUUCACAGGAAGAGUCUGCUUCACAGGAAGAGUCUGCUUCACAGGAAGAGUCUGCCUCACAGGAAGAGUCUGCCUCACAGGAAGAGUCUGCUUCACAGGAAGAGUCUGCUUCACAGGAAGAGUCUGCUUCACAGGAAGAGUCUGCUUCACAGGAAGAGUCUGCCUCACAGGAAGAGUCUGCCUCACAGGAAGAGUCUGCCUCACAGGAAGAGUCUGCUUCACAGGAAGAAGUCUGCUUCACAGGACAGGAAGAGUCUGCCUCACAGGAAGAGUCACAGGAAGAGUCUGCUUCACAGGAAGAGUCUGCUUCACAGGAAGAGUCUGCCUCACAGGAAGAGUCUGCCUCACAGGAAGAGUCUGCUUCACAGGAAGAGUCUGCUUCACAGGAAGAGUCUGCUUCACAGGAAGAGUCUGCCUCACAGGAAGAGUCUGCCUCACAGGAAGAGUCUGCUUCACAGGAAGAGUCUGCUUCACAGGAAGAGUCUGCUUCACAGGAAGAGUCUGCUUCACAGGAAGAGUCUGCCUCACAGGAAGAGUCUGCUUCACAGGAAGAGUCUGCUUCACAGGAAGAGUCUGCCUCACAGGAAGAGUCUGCCUCACAGGAAGAGUCUGCUUCACAGGAAGAGUCUGCUUCACAGGAAGAGUCUGCUUCACAGGAAGAGUCUGCCUCACAGGAAGAGUCUGCCUCACAGGAAGAGUCUGCUUCACAGGAAGAGUCUGCUUCACAGGAAGAGUCUGCCUCACAGGAAGAGUCUGCUUCACAGGAAGAGUCUGCUUCACAGGAAGAGUCUGCUUCACAGGAGGAGUCUGCUUCACAGGAAGAGUCUGCUUCACAGGAAGAGUCUGCUUCACAGGAAGAGUCUGCCUCACAGGAAGAGUCUGCCUCACAGGAAGAGUCUGCUUCACAUACACAAACUAUAUGA